AUGAAGCUAAUAUCCAUCUUUCUGCUGGUGACCAUUGGUAUUUUUGGUUAUUCUGCCACUGCCUUCCUCAUCAAUAGUGUCCCUCUUCCUGUUGACAAACUACCCUUACCUUUGGACAACAUUAUUCCCUUAUUUGAUCCCUUGAAGAAGCUUCUGAAAACCCUGGGAAUUUCUGUAGAACAUCUGGUGCAAGGACUGAAGAAAUGUGUGGAUGAACUGGGACCAGAGGCUUCAGAGGCUGUGAAGAAGCUUCUGGAGGCCCUAUCACACCUGGUGUAA